AUGGCCCUCGUAAUCGUCUCCGGCCUACCCAGCUCAGGGCGCAGCACUCGCUGCAAAGAAAUCAUCGCCGAUUGGCAGCGACGCCUCGACGAGGCUCCUUCUAGCUCUACCCGCCCUCCCUUCUCUCGCAUCGUCCACCUAGAAGACUCGACGGCGCACCUCGCUCGCUCAGUCUAUUCAUCCCAAUACACCGAGAAGCCAGCUCGCGCCUCAUACCUCUCUCUCGUCUCGCGUUCCCUCGUCAAGGAUGCCAUUGUAGUCGCAGAUGGAGGGGCAGGCCUGAACAUCAAGGGAUUUCGCUACCAGCUCUGGUGCGCAGCAAGAGAAGUGGGCAUGGCCUGCAUCAGCGUCUUUGUGACGGCGAGCGGGGAGCAAUGCGUGCGUUGGAACGAGAAACGACGUCGGAUAGGCAGCGACUGUUACGAUGCGGCGACCCUAGCUGAAAUGCUGCAACGCUUCGAAGAGCCAAAUGCGAUGACUCGAUGGGACUCUCCCCUCUUCAUCAUCCCAAGCGAGCCCCGCGCUUCUUCUUCGAGCGAUGAGGCGAGCUUGGAUGAGUGGGAAGACCCACCGUACGAUGCGCUGUGGGAGGCCUUGGCGAGCAAGAAGAGCUUCAGUAAAGCCCCUCCCGUCGUCACCCACAAUCGUGCCACGUCGACCAAUUACCUGAGCGUCCUCGAGUCGAGCUCGCAAGCACUCGUCGCCGCUAUGCAGCAGGGCCUCCAGCACGGAGUCAUGGGGGACAGUCUACCGCUGGCCAUCACUCUGCCUAAUGGCGCCUUAGCUUCAUCCGGUGGCAGUAGCCUCAGUAUCACUCUCGCCCUCCCAGCAUCACGUCGCCCUCCCACUCCGGCUCAUUUGCAGAGGCUACGAAGACAAUUCGUCAAGAUGCAUUCUGCCGGCUUCGCCUCGGGAAAUGUGCUGGGCAAGGUGGCUACGGAUGAA